AUGUCGAGAGUUUUGUCAGUCGUUUGUGUCUUGCUCGCUAUGUCAUUCGUCCAUGCACGUGCUCGUCUCGUGCCAGGUGCGUUUGAUGAGAGUAAGACGACGACAACACGUGACGAUACAAUAACAACGACGCUCAUGCAUGCAAAUGCAGCUGAUCAGUUACCACCAAAACGCCUCGGCGACAAAAAAUGCAUCGGAGGAGUCGGAGGAGUAGGUGGGUUCGCCGGAGUUGGUGGUUACGCCGGUGUUGGUGGUCUAGGAAUGCCACUCAUCGGCGGUAUCGGUAAAUACGGUGGCAUAGGCGGUGCAGCUGGAAUCGGAGGCUUUCACGGUAUAGGCGGUGGUUUAGGCGGUGUAGGAGCUGGUCUAGGCGGCGUUGGUGGUGUAGGAGGCGGUCUAGGUGGUGUUGGCGGUCUCGGUGGAGCCGGAGCUGGUAUUGGUGGUGGUAUUGGGAAAGCAGGUGGUAUUGGUGGUCUAGGCGGUCUAGGUGGAGUCGGAAGUGGUAUUGGUGGUGGUAUCGGCAAAGGAGCUGGUAUUGGCGGUUUAGGCGGAGUCGGUGCUGGUGGUAUUGGUAAGGCAGGUGGUAUCGGUGGUGUUGGUGGUAUCGGCGGAGGUCACGGGGUGGUCGGUGGCGGUAUCGGCGGAGGUCACGGGGUGGUCGGUGGCGUUGGCGGUGGGAUCGAUCCACAUCCUUGA